AUGGUUCCGGAUCCAGUUAGUCCAAUUGGCGCUACCAAAUUGGUAGCGAAGCGUAAAGGAGAGCACUUUACGAAGCAGGAAUCUAAGGUACAAAAUGUAGAAUAUUUGGCUGGAGGAAAGGUGUGGGUAAAAACAGACGACGAUGAAAUGUUUGUUGAGUGUACAGUAAAGUCAGUGGAAGGAGAUAACCUACACGUGAAUUUGCGAGGAAAUGAAGAAGUAGUAAACCUGAAAGAUUGUUUAAACAGCUUGCCAGAUUUCGAUUCACUGGCAGUUAACGACCUGGCAAAAAUACCUCACGCCAACAGCGCGGUGGUAUUGAAGAUACUGAGUGAUCGCUUCAGCCAAGAUAAGAUAUAUGUGUAUGCUGGGAAGUUGUUGGUGGCACUGAACCCAUUUAAAAAAAUAGAAAACUUGUACGAUGACUUUAUAAUAGAGAGGUACAAAAAGGCAGAUACAAGUCUGGGCUUCCCAGUGGAUUUGGAGCCACACACAUACGCAGUGGGACAGUGCGCAAUAAACGGCCUUUUUAAGAACAAUAAGAAUCAAUCCUGCAUCGUGAGUGGUGAGUCGGGAGCAGGAAAGACGGAAACAGCAAAGCAGCUGAUGAACUUUUUCGCAUACUCGAAAUCAAACGCAAAUAAAAGUAGCAAGGUACAGGAUAUUAUACUGGGAAGUAACGCACUACUGGAGUCGUUUGGAAACGCAAAAACGAUCAACAACAACAACAGUAGUAGGUUCGGAAAGUUCAUGAAGCUGAACGUGUUGCAAGAAGGAGGAAUCGUGGGAGGAGUGAUGAGCAGCUACAUGUUGGAAAUAUCGAGAGUGGAGUUCCAGAACGAAAACGAAAGGAACUUUCACCUGUUCUACCAGGUGCUGAGAGGCCUGAGCAGGACUGAGUUGGAGUCGUACGGGUACAUGGAAAUGAAGGAAUACCACUACCUGAACCAGAGUAACUGCUACGACGUGCCAGGAAUAGACGACGUGAAGGAUUUCGGAAGAGUGCUGGCGCAACUGAAUAAGCUGUUCGAACCUGAGCUUUUGGCGAAUUUCUUCCAAAUCAUCUCAGGAAUAUUGCUCUGCGGGAACGUGGAGUUCGAGGAGGAGAGUAGGCUUGGAGUAGAUUCGGCAGCAAAAAUAUCCAACGAGGCGCUGUUCAGGAAGCUGACGGAGCUGUUCGGAUUAGAUUACACAGCCACCGAGAAGGCAAUAGUGGAGAAGGUGAUAAGAAUACAGGAAAACACAAUAGAGUCGGCAGUGACGACAGCAGUGGCACAAGUGAACAUAAGAGCACUGUCGAAGGACCUGUACGGGUUCUUGUUCAAGUACAUAAUAGAAUUGCUAAACAACUUCACGUCAAGCGAGGCGAAAGCACAGGCUGACGGAGGAAAAGUAGGCCAGGAAGGGUUCGUAGGAAUACUUGACAUAUACGGGUUCGAGUACUUCAAGUACAACACGUACGAGCAGCUCCUGAUCAACUACGCGAACGAGAAGCUGCAGAAGUACUUCAUCAACAACGUGUUCACGAGUGAGCUCUCACUGUACGAGAGCGAGAAGAUAGACGUGUCCUCGAUAGUGUACAGCGAUAACUCAGUGAUACUGGACAUAUUUGAGAAAAAAAACUGCGGAAUAUUCCCAAUAAAAAACGAUUAUUACCUGCCGCCGAAAGGAAACGUGAACGAAUUUACAAUAGUGCACACAGCCUGUAAGGUGAUCUACAAUACAGACGAAUUUAUAUCGAAAAAUAAGCACUCUCUGUCAGAAGUGAUGGUGAAUCUGCUUAUGGAAAGUAAUAAUAAGCUCUUGAAGGACAUGGUGACGCACUCAGUUAGCAGAGCGUCAAAGUCAGGAACGAAGUUAUUUGUGGGAAACAAGUUCAUCAAGAGCAUAAACGAGCUUAUAGCAUGUCUAGAGGAGACGGACUCGCACUUCGUAAGGUGCGUGAAGACGAAUCAGCUGAAGCAGAGCAACUACUUCGACGUGAAGGGCGUGUACGGGCAGUUGAAUUCCCUGAGUAUACUGGAGGCAAUACAGAUAAUACACAAGGGAUACGCCUACAAAUCACCGUUUAAGGAGUUCAUCAAGGAUAACCAGUUUGUGUAUAACUUGCUGGUGGGAGAUCAGGGGCCAUCGAGUGAAGGAAGGUCGCCAUCAGAUGAAGCAGAGUCAGAUAAGGAAAACGCACUGAAGAUGGUGAAGCUGCUGGAAAUACCGGAAAAUGAGUACCAGAUAGGUCUGACGAGGAUAUUCUUGAAGAAGAACGGGUGGAUACUUCUGGAACAGUCGCAUUUGAAAUUUUCACAGCUGCUGGCGCCAUUGUCGAAUAUGCUGAACAAGUAUUACUUCAGCUACGUGAACAGAAUGGCGUACCUGAGAAGGCUGCAAAUGGUAGAGAGGUUCCAGAGCUUGGCAAGAAAGUACGCACUAGUGGGAGACAAGUUUAAGAAGGUGGCUCUGGUAAAUGACCUGGUGGGCCUGGUGGUAUUGCUUAACUGGCUUAACAUGGAUCAGAAGACGUUGGCGUCAGUGGUGUUGAUCCAGUCGAUGUACAGAAUGAAGGUGCAGAGGCAGAAGUACCUGUCGGAGCUGGAGGAGCUGAGGAGGGAGAGCAGAAGAAGAGCGGCGAGAAAGAGGCUGGCCAAGUUUAAGUCAUACAUGUGGUUCUGCGUGUUCGGACUGUACCUGCAGAGGCUGUACAGAGUGGCGCAAGUGACAAAGGCGGCGACGAAGAUACAGGCGGCCUGGAGAAUGCACAGGUGCAUAGCAGCGUACAACCACCUGCGCUACAAAACGCUGAAGGACUACGCAGCAACGGUAGUGCAGAAGAACGUGCGCUGCUACCUCCAAGUGAAAAACUACGAAUUCAUGAGACACGUGGAGCCGAACGUAGUAUUAAUACAGAGUCACUUCAGAGGAUGGUUGGUGAGAAGGUUCGUUGAUUCCAAGGUGGAGGUGUUCAAGUGGAUAAGGAACAGACUGAAUUUGUACAACAAGGUGUACAUGCUCCAAAAUGUAGUAAGAACGGUACUGACAGUUCAGAGGUUUAGGACCCUGAAAGAAGAUUUGUUAACACUGCAGAGUUACUUCUGGACGAGGUGUUGGUACGUGGAGAUGAUACGCAUAAUGUGGGCAAGUAACACAAUUAAAAGGUACUGGAGAAAGUAUAAGUUCAGAAAACUGAGAUAUGAGGGGAAGGAUGAGUUGUUGGAGGAUGAGUAUAAGAGGAAAGUGCAACAAAUCACCAGAGGUGAAAUAGUGACGUCACUGUCACUGCUUCAAACCUACAAGUCAGGAUUGCUGCCAGUGCACGUGAACGUGUCCACGAAAUUGGAUGAAUUCUACCCAAAUGGCUGGAGUAACACGCUGAGUAUGAUACUGAAAGUAAACGGAGAUAAGAGCGUGUCUAGCAUAUCGAUGGGAUCGUUCCACACGGUGGUGGUGUUGAAUGAGUCGUUUGUAUAUGCAUUCGGACUCAACGACUAUAACCAGCUGGGAUACAACAGUGAGAGAGAAAGUAGUAUGAACCCAAAUAAAGUCAACGUGAGGCUGGAGCCGAUCAUUAUGAUCAGAGAAGGGCUUAAGGUGAAGCAAAUGGAGUGCGGCCUGGAGCACUCAGUAAUGUUACUUGACGACGGAAGCACGUACACCUGGGGACUCAAUCGCAACGGACAGUGUGGACAGAUGCAGCAGUACGAAGUAAUAACGAAGCCGACACUGGUAUAUGUACAAACCGGCCAGAAGAGCCUAGAGUAUCAACUUAGAAUAGUUAGCCUCAGAUAUAAUCUCGAAUACUUGGAUCAAACAAAAUGUUUAGGCCCUGUAAGGAGGAUUAGCGCAGGAGACUAUCACGUAUGCUGUCUAAACUACGAAGAUGAGUUGUUUGUUUGGGGGAAGGCGUUCCACCUGGGACUGACCGGAGAAGACCUGUUCAAGCCUGCGAAACUCAAUACACCAUUUAACUUAAAGUCAGUAUACUCAGGAAAACAAGUAACUUACCUGCUGGACAGGCAAUCGAGUCUAUAUAGCUUUGGAACAACAUAUAACGGGCAGUUGGGUUACCCAGUGAGUGAGCAGAAUCAACAGCAAGAAAAAGAGUGGAAUAAAAGAGGUGUAAACUACAAGGAGACUCAAGAGGGACUGAGAGCAGAUAACAACGCAAUUUUCUACAAGUUCGUGGCCAGUCACAUAGUGGACGUGAGCGUCGGAAACAAUUUCACAGUGGCCUUGGAUGUGUACGGAAAUCUGCUGCAAUGGGGAACAUUCUUGGUAGUAAACCCUGAAAACGACACCUUUGAAAAAAAAGUAGAGUAUACCCCGUUCAUAGUUAGAGUCGACAAGCAACAGCUGAGGUCACCUGUGGCGAAAGUGUCUGUAGGAUGGUGGGAAGUCAAUCUUCUAACGGAAUCGUUGAGUUUAUACGGAUAUAACUACCUAAAAAUGGAAAAGGUACAUGGAGAAGGCGAUGGAACGGAACGAAAUGCUACACAUCGGAAAAACGAGUGGAACUAUAAACCAAUGUUGUUCAGCUACCAGGGGCUGACAGGAAUUAACCCAAAAGAUGUAAAAACACUCUCUUCUCCCACAAUAACAGUGACUAUGAUAAAAAAAAAUUGA